AACCGCAAUCCCCGCACAUCUCGAUUCUCGAAGGAAACCUACCCCGGCAAAGGGACCUCGUCGUCGACCCGCGAGCCAAACCCUACCUUCCGCCGCGACCGAUUUGGCGACGAUGAGCUCCUCCAACGGCGACGGCAAGAAACCGGCCUCUGGCGGCCGCGGGGGCCCCACGAUCCGCACCCUGGCGGACAUCAGCCGCGGCCCGUCCGGCUUCCCCGGUGGCGGCGGCGGCAGCGACUCCGACGAGCCGCAGGAGUACUACACCGGCGGCGAGAAGAGUGGGAUGCUCGUUCAAGAUCCAACAAGAAGAAACAAUGUGGAUGCAAUCUUUGAACAAGCCAGACAGAUGGGUGCUCUCCAAGAUCAACCACCUCCUUUCGAUGACCAAUCUUCCAGUUCAAGAAGCUUUACAGGGACUGGUCGACUUCUUUCAGGAGAGACAGCACCACCUGUACCUCAACCCCCUGAGAAUGUACUUCACAAUAUACAAUUCUGGACCAAUGGAUUCACUGUAGAUGAUGGUCCACUGCGGGAUUAUAAUGACCCUGCAAAUGAAGAUUUCAUUGAGAGUAUCAGGUUGUCCCAGUGCCCCAAUGAGUUGGAACCAGCUGAUAAAAGAACGCCUGUUCAUGUGAAUGUGAUCAAACGACAGGAAGAGUACCAGGUACCUGUAAGGCCUCCAUCACCCUUCCAGGGUGUUGGAAGAACCCUCGGUGAUGUAUCUUCUGGAGAAGAGUGCCCGGCACCCGCUCCUGCCACUGAAGAACCCAACAGGUCCAUUGGCAUAGUGGUGGAUGACUCGCUGCCGCGCACAUCCAUACAACUAAGGUUGGCUGAUGGCACUCGCAUGGUUGCCCGUUUCAACAUGCACCACACCGUGGGCGACAUCAGGUCUUUCAUCGACGCCUCUCGGCCUGGAGCUUCAAGGCCCUAUCAGCUACAGACUGGUUUCCCGCCGAAGCAGCUGGCUGAUCCAACGCAGACCGUUGAGCAAGCCGGUCUGGCGAACUCUGUCAUCAUUCAGAAGAUGUAGGCCUCUGGGGGGCAUAUGCAGUCUUUUGGAAACAAGAAUUCGGCAUUCUUGAUUAUCAUGCCAGAUACUGUAAUGGAAUACAUCCUCAAUCGACCCAGAUUACUGGUUUCAUUAGCCAUGUCGGUUUUUAAAUGAUAUCAGUGAAAUUUAUAAUCCUAUCAAUAGUAACUACUAAAAUGCAGCAAAUUGUUUGUGCCCGUCUUAAUCUGAUGCUGACUGGUUGUCAUUUGAGGCUCCCAUCUUUUGGCCUAAUGCAUAACAU